AUGGUGCGCUUGCUAAUGCAAGCUAACGCACCACCCCUAGGCGACUUUUAUUGCUGCGCUUUAAAGCAAUUCUAUCGUUUGGAGCAUCGACUCUCCUCCGAUUCACCAUUACGUGACAAAUACAUCGCUUUCAUGAAGGAGUAUAUCGAGCUAGGGCACAUGGAAGCUCUAGGUACCUAUAAUGAUUCCAAUCAUGUAUAUUACAUUCCGCAUCAUGCCGUGCUAGACAAGUUUCGUGUCGUUUUUAAUGCUUCAGCACCAACAUCAAAUGGUGUUUCUCUAAAUGAUAUACAACAUGAGGGUCCAACCAUUCAGAACUCGUUGAACGAUAUCCUUUUCCGAUUCCGAAGAUACGCAAUUGCUCUGACCGCUGACGUGGAAAAGAUGUUUCGCCAGGUUUUAGUAGCACCGGAGGAUCCAGAUCUCCAACGUAGCCUUUGGCGCGAAUCCCCGAACGAGAACGUUAAGAUAUAUCAGCUUAUGACGGUGCCGUAUGGGAUGGCAUGUAGCCCAUACAACGCAGUGCGAGCAUUACAACAGUGUGCUGUCGAUAAUUAUGGAGUAGUUGGUGACCUUCAUCAAGCCGAAUCGGCGCGUUCUGAAAUUCUUUCUUCAUUUUAUGUGGACGAUUUCCUUACGAGCUGUACUAUCGUUGAAGACACAGUCACUUUAGCCAAAAAUGUAUCCCUGAUUUUGUCAAAUGGUUGUUUUAGACUUCGGAAGUGGAAUUCGAAUAGAGCCGCCGUUCUAGCGAAAAUUGGAGAAUCCUUUUCUCUACAUGAAUGCAAUAUCCACCUACCUAUAGCUACAGUGCUAGGGCUGCGUUGGGACCCGGUGAGUGACGAAUUGUUAUUUAUGGUAUCACUGAAGCAGUAUAAUGAAAUGCCGACAAAGCGGCGAGUUCUUAGUGAUGUAGCCCAAUUGUAUGACCCCACUGGAUUUUUGGUACCAGCCAUUAUAUCGGACAAGGUAUUUAUACAGACUCUUUGGUCUACGGGUAUAUCAUGGGAUACUCCACUACCUAAAGAUCUGUGUCAUAUUUGGUCUAAAUUUCGCGAUGACUUAAGUAUUCUCGAUAAGGUUCGUGUACCUCGAUGGCUUAGUAUGGAUGCAACUAAUCGUACUUCCCUAUUUGAUUUUUGUGAUGCCAGUCAGAAAGCCUAUGCUGCUGUGGUUUACGCACGCACUAUUGACAAUGAUGACAAAGCCAAGAUAUCCUUGCUUACCGCACGCACCAAGGUUGCGCCGUUGAAAGGAGCCACAAUCCCUCGACUGGAACUAUGUGGCGCUCCCUUAUUAGCCAAGACAAUUUGUAAUGUUCGCAAGGCGUUAAGUUUAGAGGAUACUGACGGAUUCCAGUAUUGUCUUGAGUUGGUUACGCAAACAGCCAGUGAUGUUAAAGCCAUAUAUUGCCAACAGGAUUCGGCAAAUACAACAAUUCACGUCAUUAGAUUUGCGGCAUUAUGUACGUUCAGCGCAGAAUCCAGCGGAUUGCGCCAGCCGUGGUGCGACUCCAUCAGAAUUGCUGAGUCACCAUUUAUGGUGGUCGAGCCCAGAUUGGUAACGUCAGAAAACAACCCCCUUUGGCCAGGCACCGAAGUUACAAGCUGA